AUGAGUGUGCCUGGGCAAACAGCCGCCCCCUUCCCCAACAACUACCUGGUCAAGCGCGUUGCCGAGUCAGAUGCCAGGGCCUGUGUGAUCUGCUUCAAGCCUGCCAGCACUGUGCUUCUCUCCGAGAACAAGGUCGACUUCUUCUACGUGUGUGCACCUCACUUGAAAGACUCCCAAUUUGCAACCAGUGUCAAGCCCGAUGACUACACCGAGCUCGUCAAGAAAAAGGCAGAGUUGGAGUCGAAAGUCGCCCUCUUGAAACAACAGGCUGAAAAGGUCAAACCCUACAAGAUUACCACGUUCGUGUCCGACUACCUUGGCUCCAAGAAGGAGGAGCCAAAGGACGACAAGGACCUGAACGACAAACCUAAGAAAGAAUCCAACGAUGCUAAAUACAAUAGACUCACUCGAGAAAUAUCCGAAUCCUCCUCAGAACUAUCCAAGACGACCCAGGAUAUCGCCAACUACUCCUUCAAGAACUACCAGUUGGACAAGGGCAUAUAUGUAUCCAGGAUACAGAACUACAACAAGGUCAGGUAUAACCGUACCAGAUCCCAAAAGAUCCAGCAGGAUGUGUCGCUUUUUCCUUCGGCACCCACCAAUAAAAUCGGCUAG